CCCACCCGCCCCAGCAAUGCGCUGGCUGCCCGCGCAAUAACCGCAGACACCGACGGGCUCUGCAGCCACCACCACCGCCCCGCCCCGCGCCAUGUCCGAGCACGACCUCUUCGUGAGCCUCCUGCGCCCGGCGGUGCUCCACAUCCUGCGCGCGACCGGCUUCCACUACGGCAAGCCGUCGGCCGUCGACACGGUCGUCGACCUCACCGCGCGCUACCUGACGCUGCUGGCCGAGCGCACCGCCUACAACGCCUACUCCAGCCACAACGACCUCACCCCCGACAUCUCCGACGUGCGCAUGGCCAUGCAGGACUGCGGGCUGCUGGUGCCGACCAUGACCGCCGGCGAGGAGCUCUGGAAGGAGUUUCUGCGCACCCCGCUCGACGCGUACAACGGUGAGUCGGGCGCCCGCGCCAUGGAGGAGCGCCGCCGCGACGCCGAGGACACGCAAGACGUGGCCGAGUUCAUCGAGUGGGUCACGGGCGAGCAGAACAAGGAGAUCCGCCGCAUCGCCGGCACAUACAAGCCCGUCGCGACGAACCCCACUGAGCAGCUGGACCAGCUGGAGAUGGAGGACUACCUCAACACGCUUAUGAAAAAACACAGCAAGACCGGCGUCGAGUCGCGCUUCCAGGGGACUGUGCUCGGCAUACCGUCUGAGAUCCGGCCUGUCAAGAUUGAAGGGGGCGGGCCCGACUCGAUCGAGGAGUGGAACCGCAGGACAAAGGUCAAGGCCAUCAAAGCAGCAGAGUCGAGCGCAGAGGAUCACAGCACUCCAAGCGCCUCGAGACAGCAGUCGGAGGACGUGGUCAUGGAGACGGAGUAAAAUACCCAUCAUUGCAUCACACAGCAUAGCGCAGGCGUCAGGUUUUAUUUUUCACGAGGUAUGUAGAGACAUAGGGUACCAGCAUCUUACCAAAUGCAAAAGUCAAGCUUAAUCUUCGCCAACG